AUGGGAAAAAUAAACAAUUCUUUCCUAUGGGGUAUAAUAUUUGCUUCAGCGACAUGGAGCAUCUCUUUAUACCUUUAUUGGUUGUUAAAUAUGAGUGGCGAAACUGUUGUAACAAAUGCAGAGAACAAGAUGCAUUAUCGUUUAAUCAACUCUGAGGAGAAAAUCAGAAUAAAAAAUAAUGACAAAUCUAUUGCAGAAUUAGAAGGAAAGAGCAUGCUCUAUGAUAGCCCAGCUGCUAAUAAUAAAUAUGUUGGUAAGAUGUGGAAGUAUCAGAAAAAUCGUGCUGAAUUCAAAAGAAAGAUAAUGCUUAAAGAGAAGUUUCUGAAACAACAAGGAAUGAAAUUGUCUGCUAAGCCCGAUAAGAGCUUAGAAGAUCAAUAUGGUUUAAUUCGUAAUGCGGAAGAUGUAAGAAUUCGGGAAAAGGGUUACAACUUGCAUGCAUUUAAUGCACUUAUCUCUCAGAGAAUUGGAAAUCACAGAGGUUUACCAGACACUAGGAACAAAAUGUGUCGGACUCAAAAAUAUGUUAAUAAAUUGCCAAAGGCGUCAAUUAUAAUCUGCUUUUACAAUGAACAUUUUGAGACCCUUAUGAGAUCAGUUCAUUCCAUACUGGAUCGCACAGAUCAAGAAUAUUUAAAAGAGAUAAUUUUAGUUGAUGACUUCAGUGAUUUGGAUGGAUUAUAUGUAGAUGUUCAAAAAGCUGUAAACAAACUAAAUAAUAUGAUGAGAAAAGAAGAGGAAAUGUUAGAAACAAAUAACAUAGAUGGAGAAAAUUUUGUAGAUUACAUAAACGAUGACAAUAAUAAUGUUAAUGUAGAUAAGAAAUCAACUGAUAAACAAGUGAGUUUGAGAAAUGGGUUAAAUAUAAGAUUACUAAGGACAAGUAAAAGAGAGGGAUUGAUUCGCGCGAGAUUAUACGGUGCUGAUAAUAGUGUUGGUGAGGUAUUAGUGUUCUUGGAUUCACAUAUAGAAGUUAACGUGGAUUGGCUGCCUCCGAUGCUAGCACGACUCUCCGAGGGAGUCGAUGGGAUUUCUACGCGAUAUUCUCCUCGGGCUGUUGCUCCCAUAAUUGAUGUUAUUAAUGCUGAUACAUUUGAGUACACCGCGAGUCCCUUAGUAAGGGGCGGUUUUAAUUGGGGCCUUCAUUUUAAAUGGGACAAUUUACCAAAGGGUACAUUGAAGGAGCUGGAAGAUUUUGUGAAACCUAUUAGAUCACCUACCAUGGCUGGAGGAUUGUUUGCAAUUUAUCGGGAAUAUUUUAACUAUAUUGGGAAAUAUGAUCCGGGAAUGAAUGUUUGGGGUGGUGAGAACUUGGAGAUAUCUUUUAGGAUUUGGAUGUGCGGUGGAGUCCUAGAGCUUAUUCCAUGCAGCCGGGUUGGUCACGUGUUCCGGAAAAGAAGACCGUAUGGACUCGGUGAGAAGGAAGAUUUUAUGGUACAUAACUCUAUGCGUAUGGCGCGUGUGUGGAUGGAUGAAUAUGUGAAAAAAGUCAUAGAACACAACCCGGCUGCUGCAGAUGUUCCCAUUGGCGAUAUUUCAGAAAGGAUCGCAUUGAGGGAACAGCUUAAAUGUAAAUCUUUCAAAUGGUACCUAGAUAACGUUUAUCCUGAACUGGAGACUGGAGAGGACACAGCCGCGAAACGGAGAAUGGCAGCGCUUAACGAUCCAGAUAAAAACAAAUUUCAACCAUGGCAUUCUAGGAAGCGUAACUACACAGAUUCGUUCCAAAUUCGUCUGAAAAAUACUAACUUGUGUGUACAGAGUGCCAAGGAUAUUAAAAGCAAAGGUAGUGGAUUGGUUCUUGCCAACUGCAUAAGGACUUUAAAUCAGGUGUGGUUUGAAACUGAUCGUCACGAGUUCGUUCUUGGUCGUACUCUUUGUCUGGAUGCCACUAACAAUGUGUCACCAGUGUUGGGAAAAUGCCAUGAGUUAGGAGGUUCUCAGGAAUGGAAGCAUAAAGGAACUGCUGGAAGUCCCAUCUACAAUACGGCUGCUGGUAUGUGUUUAGGUGUGGAGCGAGCUUAUCGCAGUGAACCGUUGCGUAUGGUCAUAUGUGACAACGAACUAACAAAUCAAUGGGAUUUUAUACGUUCUUAA